CGCUGACGUACGGGGGUGCGCGGCCACGAAAGAGCGACGCAGGAGGUGCGAAUUGCCGACGGUACGGGAGAGCGGCGAUACGAGUUACCCGGGAAUUAGUGACGAACGGUGGGACAUCCUUCGCCGGGCAACAGCGGCCAGGAGGAUCGAGGUGAAGAGGUGGGAGCCAUGCCGCCCGGGCGAGCUUCCCUCGAGGCAGCCAGCAGGAUCGUCCAGCUACUGUCUUCCUGUCCUAUGCGGCUGCCUGCUCGUGCUCGCUCUUGCUGAGAGGUAAGGAGCCCGCGGGAUCCCUGGACUCCGACAGGACGAAUAAUGCGAUUAUUGAUGGCGUUCGAAAUCGCGAGCGGCUCUCUUCGUCCCGCUCGAGAGAGAUCGAGAGCGCGACUUCUGAACGGACGCAGGUCGUACUACGUGAAUGGAGUAAGCAUUCGCAACAGUAUCGGCUUAUUCGAAUGUGAAGGAUUCGAUGGGGACUCGUGAUUGAGAAUGGCGUUUUCGAAAUCGUGAGGAACUGUGGAUUGGCGUAAUAAAACCUCGGCCCCAGGAGUUGCCCGGGGGUUACCCUGGGGACCUUGGGGAAGCGAUCGCGCGAAGACGAAGUGGCUGAGACCGACGAAGGACACGGGAGGCGGAGGAGGAGGCCGCUAUGAACGCCAGCGUUAACAUCGAGAGGAACUCCUGGCGGCUGCCUCCCGAUGAGACCGUCCAGGUCGCCGAUCCCCGUUCAAAGUCAGCCCAGGUAAAAGAGGAUUUAACGUACGCGGACGGCGGCCACAAUUGGCGGAGUAUAGUUUUCUCACUGCUUGUCAUCGGUUUCGUUAUCGCUGGCAUCGUCACGGCAAUUUAUCUCCUCGGAUACGUCGACGAGCUCCUUUACUGGAGCGGCAGGCGUCUUACGUUAGACGAGUGCCUUCGUGAUGACCUGACACCGCACAGGUUACCACCGACUUGGAUAACCCACGAAAAGUUCGUCUACCAAGCCGACGAUGGUUCCCUCACCCUUUUGGACACCCGCAACAACGUCGUGUCCCUCUUAGUCUCUAAUCAUACGCUUAGACAACUGAACGUUCAGGGCUACGAAUGCAGCUCUGAUCUACGUUAUGUAUUGUUCAUGCACAAUGUCAAGCCGGUCUUUCGGAACACUUUCACCGCUCUUUACACUGUCUACGAUGUCACAAACGACCAUCACACACCCCUUCGCCAAGCGUCACGACACUUGCAUCAGACGCGAUUGCAAUACGCCACCUGGUUGGGCAACACGUCUAGUCUCCUGAUGAUCUCUGAGAACGACAUUUUUCUUAGAAUGGGGCCCUCCGCCACGGACGACACCCGCUUGACCGACACGGGCGUACCCGGGGUGAUCUACAAUGGCGUGCCCGACUGGUUGUAUCAGGAGGAAGUGUUACCGAAACCACAAGCGAUCUGGCCCAGCCUGGACGGCACGCAUAUCCUCUACGCCAUGUUCAACGACACCAGAGUGAGCGCGUUGGAGUUCCCUUGGUUCGGUACGUCGGGUCAAGACGGAGUCGGCCCGAAUUUCCUAAGCGCGUCCAGAUCCUUUCCACCUUCCAGAUCGGUUAGAUACCCGAGACCGGGUUUGCCCAAUCCGGAGGUCGAACUGUGGAUCAUGGACCUUGGUAACGUGAGCUCGCUAAAUUACAACGGUACCGGGAAUGUCACGUGGUCAACGAAGAUGAAGCUGAGACCGCCAACGAUCUUGGAUGAACAAGACUACUAUCUGAUAUCGGCCGGCUGGGUUGGCGAGGACGCUUCGCAGAUCGCCGUCGUCUGGAUGACGAGGAUGCAGAACCUGUCCAUAGUGUCGGCGUGCCGCGCUCCCACGUGGGAAUGCGAGGUGACCCACACGGAGCGGGCGCCCGAAGGACUGUGGCUCGACGCCCAACCGCAUCCUCUCUUCGCUCCGGACGGCGACAGCUUUCUGCUGUUGGCCACGGUACAGGAAGGUGAUAAGGAACAUUUCACGCAUAUAAAACAUGUCACCCUCACGCAACAAAGAAUAGCGGUGCUCUCUCAUGGUCGUUACGAGGUGAGCGAGAUCUUGGCGUGGGACACCAAGGCGCAUCUCGUGUAUUAUCUAGGCACUAGAGAGAAGAUACCUGGUCAAAGACAUCUCUACGUGGUACGCGAUCCCGCCGCGGACGAUCCCCGUCACUUUGAGCCGUUGUGCGUGACAUGUGAUUUUAAAAACGUUCUUUGGAACAGUAGGUCCUAUUACACGAAUUGUACACAUUUCGGUGCUUCGGUCAGUCCAUCGAUGGGUAACGACACGCAUGGUUACUACGUAUUAUACUGCGAGGGUCCUGGCCUCCCUCUCGCCGGCUUGCACGAAAUGUUGUCGCAUAAAAUGAUGCGCGUGCUGUACGACACAAGGAUCCAACGCGCGGAUAAAUUGUCAGAACUGGCACUGCCCCUCAGGCGAAACUUCGAGGUACCGCUACCUCAAGGCUGGCGAGCUCAGGUGCAGCUGCUGUUGCCCCCCUCGUGGCGAGAAGAGCUCAGGGACGCGGCGUUUCCCGUGCUCGUCGAGGUGAACGGCCGUCCCGGUAGCGAGUCCGUCACGGACAAGUUCCGAAUAGACUGGGGAACGUAUAUGUCGAGUCACAACGACGUGGUCUACGUGAGACUGGACGUACGCGGCGCCCGUGGUCAGGGAAAGAAGGAUCUCUUCAGGAGGAUAGGCGGCGUCGAGGUGCAAGAUCAGCUCACUGUGCUGAGAUACCUAUUGAAAACGCACAAGUAUCUCGACGUCACCAGAGUCGGCGUAUGGGGAUGGGGUUACGGUGGAUACGUGACCGCUAUGGUCCUCGGUAACCAGGAGAAUGUCUUCAAGUGCGGCGUCGCGGUGAAUCCAAUCGCCGAUUGGACGUAUUAUAAUUCCGCGUUCACGGAACGUGUCCUCGGUGCCCCAGUCGAGAAUUUUAAGGGCUACGUGGAGGCCGAUCUCACGCAACGGGCGAGAUUGGUGCCCAGUCACAGCCUUUAUCUUCUUCACGGCCUAGCCGACCUCACAGCGCCUUACACGCACGGCGUUGCCUUCGCCAAGGCUUUGUCCGAAGCGGGAGUCAUCUUUAGAUAUCAGAGUUACGCGAACGAAGAUCACGCCCUGAAAGGCGUGCUCGAACACGCUUAUCGUUCCAUGGAGGACUUCCUCGCCGAGUGCCUCGCCCUGGAUGCCUCCUAGUGCCUCAAGCCGAAGAAUCCUUUGUUGUCUCUAGUGCGUCUAUUUCCAAUACAUCCAGAACGGACGUUAAUACGGAGACUCGUCCUCGAGGUCACGGCAAUUACACUCGUAAACGGGAUGAUCUCGUUUAGAGCCUGAAUCGCGAUAUAAGUCAGGCCGCUAGGAACGCGAGAGAAGCGAGAACAAUCGUUUAUUGAAGCGAAGCAGGCGAAGAAGAGAAGAAACGCCGUUUGACGCGCGUACGUACGAGUUCAUCAUGCAAAAUGGAGAUUGAUAGGAAGAAUUAAAACAAUUGAAGUAAAGUGGGAUUUGUAUGAGCAAUAUCGUUAUGAUGUAUAUCAUUUGCCUAAAGAUUCCUCUUUAUUACGGGGAAAUCACUCACUUUUCUCUCUGAAUGCGUAUCUAGCGAUACUCACAUCGUCAAACCGCGAGAGAAUCCGGUAAUCACGAAGAAUAAGCGACGGAAGAACGAGGAGCGACGGAUCGCCUUCUGCUUGACGGAAUUUUUGUAUGUAAAUUAUCGGACGACGUCGCUCGCGUUUCCUGCGCAAAUUCAAUACGAUAGUUCUAUAGUCUGUCAGGCAAUACGAACAGCGCGAGCGGCUUGUUCGACGAUGACGAAACGCGUCGCGAAAAGUACUGAAGGGACAAAAACGCGCGUACAUGCCGUGAAAUCGGGCGAGUUUCGCGAGAAGCGGACGAAGAGACGAGGCGCGUGUUCAGAAGCGCAGACCGAAUUAUAUACGCGCGGAGCUUAUCGACGGCUUGCAAAUCCGCGUCGUUCGGGUAGCGCCAACGGGACGACGUUGUGAAACCGGCGCCGAAUGUUUGCGAGCUCGUCACUUGACACGUCUUGCUGUGUUCCACGUCCCAAAGGCGCUCACAUAGGAAAGGCCUGAGAUUUCGUGCAAGCGACUGAAAGCGAGAUUAAUACGGAUUGUAUAACACUUCAACGUACAGAGCUUAUUAUUGGGAGUCUGCAAACUUGCACUUUACUUUGUGUAACCCACUUUCCAGACGGAAUUUAUAUCGAAACACAGUGCUCGAAUAACUCCAAUAUAUAUGUGUCUCGAUACCGGGAGGACCGGCUCUGCGGACCGCGAUCGAUGCUUUUACGGCGGGGUUGAGAAUCCCAGAUCUCUAAGGUCUCUCGAGUCUCGAGUUACGUAUGCCCGGAAGAAAGAGUUUGCAAGCUUCCGUCUUACACUCCUUUUUUUCUAGCUACGUCACUGGUGCCUCCCCAAUUUUAAACGGAGAAAAAGUAUAUACGCCUAUAAGCGGUGACGUUCGUCCACAGGCAUCGACAUACAUUUACCAUUAUAUAUAUAGAAUCCGGACGGCUACUGUGAGUUUUGUGUUGUACAGCUUGGCGCCUAGUUCUAUGUACCAUAAUGUUACACGCGUAAAGAGUUGUUUCACAAUCCUUAGUAUCCCCCCAUCUCGACCCGCCCCUCCCCCCUUCUCCCUACCCCGUUUGAAUUUUGAAUAUUUGUACAUAUAUAUACACCCAGGAGAAACGUGAAGCUCCUUCGACGAGGUCUCCGCUUGCGGGAAUCCUGAGUGAUCCAUAGAUAAGAGAGGAGUGAUAUCACUUGUUUUUAAAUAACCGAUUUUCGACAAGAUUUACGAAAAAUAUGCUUGUCGGAGCACACUCGGAUCUCGUCGAAGGUGCAGGGUACCAGACUCAUUGUAUACCUCUUCGAAAUACAUCGAUCGAUCCCGAAUGGAUGAACGACUACGACUAAACAGACGAUCUUUGUAUACUUGCAAUCGUCAGGACUAGCUGUCGAUCAUCGAUCAGGCGCGAUCGGCAUACGACGUUGAGGCUCCCGAGUACUUGCUUGCUUGCCGUACUUUUGGUGGAACAGUAGAAGACAUGAUAUGGCGAGACACCGUACGCUUAUUGUCACAUAUAACUUGACUUCGCUGCUCCACUGUUGUAAAAGCGAACGCUCGGAAACCUUAUAUAAACGCGACGUCGUCGGAGAAUAACAGGGCUCGUAAGUGUCUCGAAAAUAUCUGCGGUAACAUCAAUGUUUUUACAAUAAAUUUAAUAAAUUGUAUUGUUUUUUUUAUAUACAUUUAAUGUUUUUUACAUAAAUUUAAUAAAAGCUUUGAGAUUUCCAAAAUCGAAACAUGAAAACUUCGAAAAUUAUUGCCUUACGAUUUAAUGUCACGGUUUAUUUGCAUUGUUAAAAAAGUUAUAGACUUGUACGUAGAUAUUUUAACAGAACAAAUCUUUUAAUUUAUGACUUAUAAUUUUACUGUUACUGAUUUAUCUAGCAUAUAUUAGAAUAUUUAUAGUUUUAUUACAAAGACGCGAGAUAUACCUUGGCCGUCUUAAUUGCGCAUGAUAGAAUACUAACGAAAAACGUAUGAUUUCAAUUUUAAGAAUUUUAUUGAACCACAGAUAAUGUUCGAGACUAUAUACGUCAAUAUAAUUUCUAGUACGAAACUAAAGAUAAUUUACGAGCCUGAAUGUUAAUUAGAGAAGAGGCGCGCUCAGACGAAGAAGUGGCGCAUGUCGCCAUGUGUAUGCUGCAUGUACCAGCAGCCCUUAAAUGCCGACAAUCAAGGCUAGUGCAACUAAUCAAACGAUAAUAAAUAGAAACGGAGAGAAGAGAAAAUUACUUAAUAAUUUAAUACUCGUGAAUGAUCGCUGUGGUUCGGGCGUAAAUUGUAAACCGCGACGAAGUCUAGUAUAUAUUGCCAAACUAUCGCGAUCGGGAAGACUUCGCGAGAGCGAUUUUUGCGAGGAUAAAAAAAUAUUAGAGAUAUGCGAAGGGUCGUUAGGUCGAGAUGAUGUGCCCGCUGUCGACUGUAGAAAGUACAAAGAUGUAACGCGUAAUGGAGGCCUCGAAAAAUUUUUCGUCGAAUGGAUUUGUCCUUAUAGAGAGGACCUGCUCCAAUUCUCCUUUCGCUAUCUUUCGAUGUUAAACAUUGAAAAUCAGACGGCUGUAAUGAAUCUUCCAAUAAAAUUAACGUGCAACGUUACGUACAAUGCGCAACAAGCAUUAUGUUUUAACCGGAUUCCUCCAUUUCGCGAUAAAUGAAUGGUCGUUUGUAGUGAAACAAAAUGUUCGUUGUCAACAAUAUCGCUUCCAUUUAUUCCCGAAUAAAUAUAACGCGAGCGAUCGAAACGCGAAAUUGUUCGAUCCUAUUAAGAAGCGGCAGAAAGAGUGACUGAUCGAUCGAUUGGAAUCGGAAAUGCGAGAGAGCCGUAGGGGGAAAAAAUGGGGAGGGAGAGAAAGAGAGAAAUAAUGGUGGAGCGAAUGAGAGCGAGAAAGAGAGAGAGUGUGUGCGUGUGUAAAUCACAAUCAAUUAUUAAAUAUAAUAACGGCAGAAAGUGAGGCAAAUCGUUAAACGUAAGCAUAGGGUAUCGGGAAAAAAAAAUUAUCACGAAGGCAGGCACGCAACACAAGCAUGCGAAUUAUGAAAAUUAAUCGCAACAAAGAAACCUUGGUAGCAGCGCAUAAGGGUAUUAUAGCUUUUGGUAAACGUAUUACCGCCGCUAAAAAAGAAAAAAAACGUAAAAGGCAAUGAAAAAUACACUCGUAUGGGCAUACAUAAAGAUACACGCAAACACACACAUAUACACGCAAUAUAUUAAAAGAAAGGGAUAAACUUUCUCACGCGGAAGUCAAUAUAAGGGAUUGGGCCCGUGCGAACGCAUGAAUAAAUUAAUGUGAAUUAAGUACACUCGUCGCAUAGGUCGAUCGACCGAUCAGAACGAUCGUCAAACAGAACGCGUUAAUUAAACCCGGCAGUUUAGAUAUAAAAAAAGAUAUGUUACAUAUUCACUGAUUUCUCACAGAAGAAAAAUAAAUAUACGACAUUUUAUCCGCAAAAAUCUGUGAUGAUUGUUAAAGGAAAUAUAAAUUUCAGAUAAUUUACAAACUUUUAGUCUCUUUUUCUCUAUAAAUUUAAAGUUGGCGAAUAGAAAAUUUCGAUUUUUAAUCGUUUGACGAUCAAUGUCAGUUUAGCGACUAGAGAGCGAAUUGACUUCUUGAAGACGAGUGACACUUUUCUUCAACGAUUUGUAACUCCAAACGCGUCUGUAUCCGCUCGGAGGCGUGUCCGGCAGUCUCGAAAGAUUGUUUUUUAUAUCCGAUUUCAUCGAAAUGCUUGAUACGCGCUCCACAUGAGAGCCACCGAUGUCGUUCGGGAUACUCGCCUUCGAUUAGUAGAGCGAAACGGGCACGGAAAGUUAUUUCUACUCGAUUUUUGGCGAUAUUCGCACGGACCUGCACCGGAAACAUCCACGAAAUUGGCUAAUCAAAGUAAGCGCUGGAUCUACGGGGACUAUGUGUUGAUUAAAAUUCGAAAAUUUUACUUUUAAUUUUUUAGCAAUCUUUUUUAUCAGAGAAUAUAACUUUUUAAAUUGUUUCGAAGGAAACUUAUUGUUGUGAACAGAAUUGAAUUAUCACGUUUAAUAGAAAUCAGAAAUGUUAUUUUAAAAUUUAUAUUUUUGCAGAGUCUAUUCGUGAUUUUAUUUCAGUUAUCAUAAUUUAUUGAAAUAUACGCAAAUCCAUUUCAAAUCUGUUUUGCAAAUCGACAGAUCGACAAGAAAUUGAAGUCCAACUCGAUCAAAUUUUCGAAAGCGAUUGCGGUUAACUUCGUUUGUGGAUUCAUAAGUAUAACGCGCCGCCGAUUUCGCGGAUGUCGUCCAAGUUACCUUCCACGUAACAUCCACGAAAUAAUCAUGUUAUUAAGAUUCUGCGUUUUUUAAUAUCAGCGAAGCUCGGCCCGGACACCGGGUGGAUAAAGUGUUUUCAAUAAACUGUUACAUUAUCUGAA